AUGUUCCCCUGGGCCCUCUGCCACCUCCCGGGACCCCACAAGAAGCUCUUUAGGCAACUGGAGGGUGUGCGCGACUUCAUCCGCCAGGAGAUCAGCAGACACAAGCUCAGGGGACCCGAGGCUCCCAGGGAUUUCAUCAGCUGCUACCUGGCCCAGAUCACCAAGGCCCAGGAUGACCCAGUCUCGACAUUCACCGAGGAUAACCUGAUCCAGGUGGUCAUUGACCUGUUCCUGGGGGGCACCGACACCACGGCUACCACCCUGCACCGGGCACUCCUCUACAUGGUUCAGCACCAUGCCAUCCAGGAGCGAGUGCAGCUGGAGCUGGAUGCAGUGCUGGGCGCAGCCCCUGCUGUCUGCUAUGAGGACCGCAAGCGCCUGCCCUACACCCGCGCGGUCCUCCACGAGGUGCAGCGCCUCGGCAGUGUCGUGUCUGUGGGUGUUGUGCACCGGUGUGUGACCUCCACUCGUGUGCUCGGCUACCCCAUACCCAAGGGCACCAUCAUCUUGCCCAACCUGGCCUCUGUGCUCCAUGACCCCAAGUGCUGGGAGACCCCCCGACAAUUCAACCCCGGCCACUUCCUGGACAAGGACGGAAACUUCACGCUCAAUGAAGCCUUCUUGCCAUUCUCAGCAGGCCACCGGAUGUGCCCAGGGGACCAACUGGCCCGGAUGGAGCUUUUCCUGACGUUUGCCAUGCUGCUCAGAACCUUUGAGUUCCAGAUGGCUGAGGGGAGCCCGGGGCCCCGACUGGAGUAUGUGUUUGGGGGCACGCUGCAACCCCAGCCUCAAAAGAUCUGCGCUGUGCCCCGGCCCCACGUCCCAGGCCCGUAG